AGCUCUGCAGUGGAAUACGCGGUUAUUCGAGGAAAGCUUGGAGCGACGUUGCGUUUUUAGGACUCUGAAGGCAUUAGGAGAUUUUUCAAAAAUGUCAAGUGGCGUUUGAUGCUCGGAGCGCAGCGGAAAUCUGAUAUCCAUGCGUAACUCCUGGGCUCUUCUCACUUCACAAAACGCCUCACUCAAAUCUCCUGACAGCCCAAGGAAAAAAAAGAGAGUAGCAUCUGUUUAUCUGCAUACUUCUAUGUUCAAGAAACAAGAGGAGAAAACAGAGACUGACAGAGGACAAAUGAGAUCUCAGAGGAUGUGGAAUUAGAGGGAACAAAUUGAUACCGGAGGACCGAAGGGAAAGUGAACCACAAAUCCACCGACGUGGAGCCACCUCACCUGUAUCUCCGGAUUAAAGAGCAGGGUCAUGUCCCAGUUGCCAUGCGCAUUGCCACGCUGACCUGCCUUCCCGGCCCUUCCCCCUUCCUCUUUCUAUUGGUCCAUCUGCUCCUGCGGCUCCUUCUCGUCCUCCACGGGCCGCCGCUAGCGGGAGCCGCCUCCACCUGCCCGUCCCUCUGCACGUGCUCCAACCAGGCCAGCCGGGUCAUCUGCACCAGGCAGAACCUGGAGCAGGUGCCCGAAAGCAUAUCGGUCAACACUCGAUACCUCAACCUGCAGGAGAACUCGAUACAGGUCAUCAAAUCCGACACCUUCAAACAGCUGAGGCACCUUGAAAUCCUCCAGCUUUCCAAGAACCAGAUACGGCAGAUUGAAAUCGGGGCAUUCAAUGGCCUCCCUAACCUCAACACUCUGGAGCUCUUUGACAACCGCCUCACGUUGGUGCCAACACAGGCCUUUGAUUACCUCAGCAAGCUGCGGGAGCUGUGGCUGCGCAACAACCCCAUUGAGACCCUCCCGAGCUAUGCCUUCAACCGCGUGCCCUCCCUUCGUCGCUUGGACCUGGGAGAGCUCAAGAAGUUGGAAUACAUCUCUGAUGCGGCCUUCGUGGGCCUCGUCAAUCUACGGUACCUGAAUCUGGGCAUGUGUGGGCUCAAAGACAUUCCCAAGCUGACGCCUCUGGUGCGUUUGGAAGAGCUGGAGUUGUCGGGGAACCGUCUGGAUAUCAUUCGUCCGGGAUCCUUCCAGGGACUGGUGUCUCUUCGGAAGCUGUGGCUUAUGCACUCACAGGUUUCCGCCAUUGAGCGCAACGCCUUUGACGACCUGAAAAACCUGGAAGAGCUUAAUCUGUCCCAUAACUCACUGCGCUCCCUGCCUCAUGAUCUUUUCACACCCCUUCACCAGCUGGAGAGGGUACACCUCAAUCAUAAUCCCUGGGCCUGCAACUGUGAUGUACUUUGGCUUAGUUGGUGGUUGAAGGAGACGGUGCCCAGCAACACCACCUGCUGUGCCCGAUGCCAUGCUCCUCCACUACUUAAGGGCAAGUACAUUGGGGAACUUGACCAGAGCCACUUCACCUGCUUUGCUCCUGUCAUUGUAGAGCCUCCUACUGACCUCAAUGUCACCGAAGGGAUGGCUGCUGAGCUGAAGUGUCGUACAAGUACCUCUACAACGUCAGUUAACUGGAUUACGCCCAAUGGCACGCUGAUGACCCAUGGGUCUUACCGGGUGCGGAUAUCUGUUCUUCAUGACGGCACACUGAACUUCACAAACGUCACCCUGAGGGAUACGGGCCAGUACACCUGCAUGGUCACCAACGCUGCUGGAAACACCACAGCUACCGCCGUUCUCAAUGUAUCUGCUGCUGACGCUAGUGUCAACUACACCUAUUUCACCACCGUUACUGUGGAAACGGAUAACGGAGGAGAUAAAGAUUAUGCACAGAUAUCCAUUGACGAGGCCAGCAUUCCCAUUCCUUCUGACCUGUUGCCAGAAGUGGUUCCUACCACUGCCUCCUCUCUGGCUGGUGGCUGGUCGUCCUCCUCUCCCCGGACAACUCAACCCACGUUCACUGUGCCAUUCACAGAGCCGGGAUUCUCUGGCCUGGACGAUGUGAUGAAGACCACCAAGAUCAUCAUUGGCUGCUUCGUAGCCAUCACCUUCAUGGCAGCAGUGAUGCUGGUGGUGUUCUACAAGCUGAGGAAGCAGCAUCAGCUUCACAAACACCACGGCCCAGCUCGCGCCAUUGAGAUUAUCAACGUGGAGGACGAGCUGGGGCCCGGGGCAAGUGGCCGGGGCAGCGGUAUCUCCGGAGGAUCUACUGUGACACAAAGCGCGGGCGGUGGAAUAGGCGGGAGCCAGAGUCUUCGGUUGCACCACCCGGAGAUUGUGAACCUACCCAACCUGGCACGAUCGGAUCACCUCAACCACUACUACAAAACACAUCACUUCAACAGUAACAUGAUGGGCCUGGGAAUGGGCACGGGGCCAGGAGUGGGCCUCAACAACAACAACAACCCCUCGCCGUGCUCUCAGUCGCAGAGCAUAUCCUGCUCCCAGGUCCCUUCCAGCACCGGUGGGGGGACGACCACUGGUGGCACCCUGCCCUCCACCCUGCCUCAGCUGGGGCUACAUAGCUCUCUGAAAGGCCUGAUGGGAAAAGGCCAGAACGAGCCGCUGCUUUUUAAGAGUGGCUCAAAGGAAAAUGUGCAAGAGACUCAAAUCUAAAAGGAUUUGAGGUAAGACAGAGUAGAUGUUAAAGAGAGACCAUUUGAGAGUGAUUGUAGCCCAACGUCCUUAUGGACAAUCCUUAGACAGGCUCUACAUAACCUUUAUUUUGUGGUGGCCCUUUGUUAACAGAUAGUAAGACAAAAGGAGACAGUAGACCAGUCCCACAAACAGCAUUUGCACAGUCCCAAAUGUCAGAAUUACUCAUUGCGUGCAGCGUGAUACGGUCUUUGCCAAAGCUCGAGAUCAAGCCUUUUCUCUCGGCGGACAGAUGUGAACAAUGCGGCGAGCCCUUCAAGGAUGUAUACAGAUUGCUUCGUACAUUUCCAGAUGCAUUCAGUGUAUAUAUUUGGAGGGAGACGUGAUAUUGGCCAUUGAACACGUUGUCAGAUUAGUGUUUGGCAAAGCCAGGGAAUAAAAAACAAUGAUUUGUGCGGUUCCAGGUUUUCAGAGGAAGCGAAAUAAGAGCAGAGCAGCAAGGUCGCUUGGAAUAUUGGAGGAACAAAAAGCGGUUUUGCUCUUCACUUUAUCACUUCUUUCCAAUUUUACACCUUACUGGUUACUGUCUGCUUUGGGAGAGAGGAAAUAUCAUGAAGGAAUACAGGACGAGAAAAACUGAAGAUACAUAUUAUAUAUACGGUAAAUAUAUUUUCAUUCAAAUAAAUAAUGAAAAAUCUUUAUCAAGCAAAUGAGUGACCACGACGACGACUGAAGAAUAUAUAUAUUUAAAAAAAUAAUUUUUAAAAACAUGCCCUCUCAUUUUAGUGGAACAACUGCUGGUUGCUACUUUUCCAAACUGCUCUUCCUCUGGAUAAACGAGAAACAGCGGAGUUACAAUGCAAACCUGGCAAAAACAAACACAAAAUUACUAUUAUUUUGGUGUUGACUCUUUUUUUGUAGUCGUUUUCCCUAUAGAAACAGGGUCCUUUGAGAAUGGAGACGUUCUGCUCUCUGCUGCAAAACCACAAACACAGCAAAUAUGGCGGCACUAACAAUAAUCCUGAGCGUAAUAAUGACAACAAAUUCAGCUUUAUUUGUCAUAUUUAAAAUGGUGAAACAUUGAAAUAACUUGACAUGCUGGUGACAUUAAUGUUGCUGUCAUUGUUGCUCAUGUGAGCAUUAUUGUUACUGCUGGAGCCCACAGGUGACGGAGAAGAGACGUUUUUGCAUUUGUACAUGACGCUGAUCUCAUUGGGCAGAUUUAAGAGAACUCAUCAGCAAGAAUUGACCCGGCUCAUAAAAUGGCUUCCUCCACCCCGGUUGACCCUGGUUGAGCCCGGUCGACCCCGGUUGACCCCGUCCGACAGGACCGUCAUGCUGUCUGACAUUACGGACGAAGACUGCACCUUUUUGCAGACUGGAUUUGAUGGCAGCAGGGGGCGAAAAUGGAUGGACAUUUUUAUAAAAAGGUAAGAGACUCUGGUCUGCUGGAGGCUGAGUUGCAUUUAGUGCAGAAUUCAAUGGAGGGUGAAUUUUUUUUCUAAAGAAAAAUGACAACUAAAUGAAAAAAAAUAGAAUCUUAUAGAUCUCUUUAAAAAAAAUGAAACAAAAUUAUAAGUGUUUUUCAUUCUUGGUUUUUAUCUAGUUUGAUUUUAUUUUAUUUUUUAAAUCACGUGUUUAUUGUAAUAUUGUUAUUAUUAUUAUUAUUAGCUGAUUACGCUGAAAGAUGUUCUGUUAGCAGAGGUCACUUUGAAAAAUUAAAAAAAACUUGGCACAUAAAAAAAAGGCAGUUGAAGUUUGUGAAAAUUCGGUGGCUGUUUCAUUUUCAUUUCUUUCCUCUGAUCGGCUCUAAUCGCGUUUCUGUAGCGAAUGUGAUGAUUUUUUAUUUCUUCUUUUCUGUUUACAUUUUAUUUCUGCACAGAGGGACAGGAAAAAAGAAAAGGCUCGCCGUGUACAUUUGUGAAUGUCAUCGCUGACCGUUGUGCUGGGAGUGUGAUUCUGCUAUGUCAACGCCUAGUUGCCGUGACAACGCACUAAUGCCCCCCGUUUCACCCACUUGUUUGUGGCGCUGCUCUGAAAGGCGCCGCGUCUCGGGGAGGCGGCCCGUUCUCCUUCAGCGGCAGCAAAUCAACCUCAGCAUUAGAGCCAUGUCCUCAUGCUAAACACCCUCUUCCUCCUUCUCCUCUUCCUCCUCCUCCUCUUCCUCCUCUUCCUCCUCUUCCUCCCCAACCCUCAGCAUCCUGCCAUCAGGUUUCCCUGGCAACUGUUGCUGCUGCGACAGCCCCUUAUCACAGCAUCUUGAUUUGGGUUUUGAAUGCUAAGCAGAUGAGAGCAGACAGUUCAGAACUUCAUGUUUUUUAAAUGCACAGUGAUCACCGUUUCACACCAAUAUAUUUUAGCAAGCUGCUAACUCCCACAUAUUUACUUGCAGACGAAGCUGCAAUACAGCAUUAGCUGCCUUACAGACAGGUGGAAAAACAAAGACAACUUCAGUUUAGACAAAGAAAUCUUCCAAAUAUUUGAUCUUUACUUCUUGUCACUUGAGCAUCACGUUUAUUUUCUUAAAUGCUUAAGGUUACAAUGGCACAAAGCUAGCUGCGCUAACCCUAAAGCACUAAUCAUAAACAACAUGCAGAAGCAUUAGCUUCUGCUUUAGCAUUUAGCAGAAGCUAAUGCUAAAGCACUAAUAAUAAAUAUUAGUUCUGCUAAUGCUACAGCACAGUAGCAGCAGCUAAUGCUAUGACAUUAAUCACUAGCUUAAGCACAAUACCAUCUUAGUAUUUAGAACAAGCUAAUGCUAACGCACUGCUAAACAUUAUUCCCACUGGUUUAAGUGCUUUAUAAAACCAUGAUUUUAGCAGAAGCCAGUGCUAAAAUGCCAGACUCAGCUGUGGUGGUACCAUCUUGUGUCAAUGUCACGUUUUGAACUGUAGUUAUGGCUCCAACAACAGGAUCAAAUCACUUUUUCAUACCUGCCUGUGCAGCUGUUUCAGGAAGUGAUUCUGUGGAAGUCAUGGUUUCAAUUUUAUAGUCGUUGAGAUUUCCUGAACGUAGCAGAACAUUAAUAGAUUUUAAACCAUUUACUGGAGAACUGCAGCGAUGCAUUCUGGGUACAGCAUAAAUAUCCAAGCUUCUUUGUAAGUUUAAUAACCAGAGGUGGGAAGAGAACCCAGAAGCGCUCAGGAGCAGCACCACUUCAACGCAUUUCUACUCAAGUAAAAGUAAAAAACGUAUUUGGUAAACAAUCUGAUUGAUCCAAUUAUCGAUCAUUUCAUAUUUAAAAAUUACAUCGGAAAUAUAAAGUUGUGUGGGAGUUUUGGUGUUUUCAGGACCAAAAUGAAAAUAAACCUUAUAAUAAAUGUAAUAAUAAAAUAGCAAAAUAAGGCAAAAAAAAAAAAAACGUUACGUUUUUGCUAAACGUAAAGUUUAACAAAAAUUCUGGUGAAUUUUUGGUUUAAACAUGUUUGUUUUCAUCCAGUGGGUAGAAAAUCCAGAAAUUUUACUCAAGUGAAAGUAGAAAUAUCUCAUAAUACAAUUAUUCAAGUGAAAGUAAAGUACAGUGUAGUAAAAAAUACUCCUAAAAGUGAAUUUUAUUCAAAACUUAGAAGUAAAUGUACCCAACUCUGAAACUCUGAGUGCAGGUAAGACACUGUCUCCUCCUAAACUCUCCGCAGAACCCCACUCAGAACAUUUUAAUUUGCAUGCUCCAUUGCUAAACAAAUUUAUGCACCUUACACUUGUGAUUAACACUCAUUCUCUGCACAAGCUAUUAGCAUUCCCUUCUCCCAGCACAGGGGAUACAAGCCCCCCCUCAAAGUUAUUUCCAUAUUCAUCUGCCUGUGUGUGCAAAUAACAGAAAUUAUCACGCGGGCACGCUCCCGGGUAGGGAUACGUGUGUAGCUUUCUGUCAGUAUUUGUGCGCAUCACAGGCUAAAAAAGCGGAUUAGGCCGUGGAUUCGUGCCCCGACGGCUGCAGUAGCUGAUGGCGUCUGUAAGCGCUGGGCUGCCCCCUCAGGCGCCUCUGAAGUGGCACAAACCAGAGGCUGGAGACACGCAGUAUCACAUUGCUGCAGUGUCUGAGUCACGGAGCAGCGAACACGCUCCAAACUGUCUAAUGGCAAUGCUGUGUUUGCUGUGCAGGAAGUCCCGCGCGCUCAGCAAAGAAUCGCCAGAAUUGAGGUGUUUGUUGCAGGGCUGAAAACAAACCUGUUGUGUUGCUGUGUGAGGUGCAGGAAUCUGAACAUUUAGAGGUGUUAACGGCACAAAGAUGCUGCGUUUGAGGUUUCAGGUGGCCUUCCGCUGCGCGGGAGGAGGGCGCUGAGACCUCCAUUUUAGAUCCCAGCUCUCACUCUUUGCUUCAGGCUAAUUUUUAUGAUCCUCUCACUGACACUUUAAGUAAGGACAGGAUAUUUUCCCCUGCUUAAGCUGCUCCUCGUGGUCUGCCUCUGCACAGAGUCGGAUAAUCACUACUCACAUUUACUCCCUUACAUUCAGCUGACUAACUUCUGGAAAAAAAAAAACUUUUUACUGGAGUCAUUUUAUUGUGAAGUAUUUCUACUUUUACUUGAGUAAAAUUUCUGGAUUUUCUGGCUUCCUGGCUAAGCUGUUGCCUUCCAAUGCAAUUGUCUUUGAUUCUCAUCUCCGUGCUGCACUGUCUGGGAUUUCUCCCAUUCAAUUUGAUUUCUCUGACAGAAUUUCAACCGGUCAGCAAACACAAGAAGUUUUGAUACCAGUUUUUUGCACUGUUUUAAAAUUUUAGUGUGCCUGUAGUUUUAGCGAUGGCAGUGUAGGAUGUGAAUUUUGGAAUAAACAUUAGCUGUGUUUACAUGGACCAUACAAUUGUGCAAAUUAAAAUUCCGAAAAUAAAUGUGCUAAAUGACAACCCGCCAAUUUGUUUUAGUUUUUCGAGGGCAGAUGUAAUUUGAAUUGAAGUUAGCUCUUUAGCAUUAGCUUUUGCUAAGUAUUAUGGUGUUUUCAGAGGUAUGGAAAGCGGUGUAGCAUUAGCAGAAGUAUAUUUAUAAUUAGAGCUUCAGCAAUAUCAGCAUGAAUGUUUAGUUAUUAAUGCUUUAGUAUUGAGCAGAAUUAAUGUUCAUUAUUAGCGAUUUAGUGGUAGCAAUGCAAAUUUUUAUGAAUAGCAUUCUAGCAUUAGCAGAAUGUUCAUUAUUAGCAUUUUACCACUAGCAGAACUAAUGUUUAUGAUUAUAGCCUUAGCAUUAGUGGAACUGAAGUUUAUAAGUACUGCUUCAGCGCUAGCAUAGUUAAUGUUUAUGGUUAGCACUUUAGCAUUUGCAAAAUUCAUGUUCAGCAUUAGCAGCUUACUUUCAGCAGAACAUGUGCUUAUGGUUAUUGCUUUAGCAUUGGCUGAACUAAUGUUAAUGAUUAGCUUUUUAGUGUUAGCAGAACUGAUGUUUAUGGUUGUUGCUUGGGUGUUAGCAGCUACCUUCUUAGCUAUCAGUGCUAACUACUGGUGUUGAC